CAAAUUAUAUACUAAUUUAUAAUGACUGACAUAUUAGCUUCUCAUGAGGAAUUUGUGACUUUUAUAACAGAAAGGGGGGACAGCGAUAAGGAUAGUUCUGUAAAAGAAUAUUUAAAAAAGCUAAAGUAUCCUCCUAUUUCUGAUUUUGGGAAUGGAUUGGAGUGGUUUAAUACGAGCGAACCAUUAUCGUUUAAGACUCAUCUCCGUGGAAAAGUUGUACUUUUAGAUUUCUUUACAUACUGCUGCAUAAAUUGCAUGCACUUGCUUCCGGAGUUAAAAGAGCUUGAAAAGGAAUUCACGAUCGAAGAUGGACUGGUUGUGGUGGGAGUCCAUAGUGCAAAAUUUGCGAAUGAAAAAAUCUCUGCAAACAUUAUGGCUGCCGUUCAAAGAUAUGGUAUUACUCACCCGGUUGUUAACGAUCACAAAUCAUCUAUGUGGAAGAGCUGUAAUGUAAAUUGCUGGCCAACGUUAUUAUUAAUAGGUCCACAAGGUGUACCGAUCAUCAUGUUAAUGGGCGAAGGUAACAAUGAAGAUCUCCGACUUUGUAUACGAAACGCAUUAGAAUUUUACAAAUCGAAGAAACUGAUCUCUAAUCACAAAAUUCCAUUAGAGUCUGUAUUUCACUAUUUACCGGAAUCGAAAGGCCCACUCCUCUUUCCCGGAAAGGUUACUUAUUUUCUUGAUCGACCAACUAACUAUGAAUUGAUCGCCAUUUCUGAUACCGGUAAUCAUAGGAUACUUGUCAUUAACAGUGGGGGCAACAUAAUUCAUGAAAUAGGAGGAAAUGGUAACGGACUUAAGGAUGGAAGUUUCACAGACGCCCGGUUCAAUUCACCACAGGGACUUGUUUUCCAGAGUUCUUCCACUAUAUUUGUGGCAGAUACUGAAAAUCAUGCAAUUAGGAAGAUCAAUUUAGACCUGAAGACAGUUACGACAGUAGUCGGCACUGGAGAACAAGGCAACGAUUAUAAAGGUGGGAACGAGGGGCCUGCUCAACUUAUCUCAUCACCGUGGGAUGUUUGUAUUUGCAAAACGAAAUCUUCAACUUCGACAGAGUUCCAAGAAAUUCUAUUUAUCGCCAUGGCUGGAUUGCACCAAAUAUGGGCCCUCUUUUUAGACUGUAUGGGUUGGUGGAAGAAUCGCUAUCACAUUGAAAACACAUGUUCGGCAAUUGCAGGAUGUGGCCGAGAAGAGAACAAAAACAACAACUACCCAUUUGCGGCAGCAUUUGCGCAACCUUCGGGUUUAUCUCUUUGUGAAAAAGAUAAUGUAAUGUAUGUCGCGGAUAGUGAAAGUUCCAGCGUGAGAAAAAUUUUCUUGGCAGACGGAAAAGUUAGUGCGGUUGUUGGAGGAGAUCUCAAUCCAUUGAAUCUUUUUUCAUAUGGUGAUAAAGAUGGAAAGCGGCACGAGGCGAAAUUACAGCAUGCCCUUGGAGUCGCCGCUUCAAAAGUAGAAAGUGUAGUUUUUGUUGCUGAUUCGUAUAAUCACAAAAUAAAGCGUAUUAAUGCUACGGAUAAUACAAUAUCAACACUUCAUCUUAGUAACUUUUCAACUUUUAAUGAACCAGGUGGGCUUUGUUUAUCAACAGAUGAGACCAAAUUGUACGUUGCGGAUACAAACAAUCACGCAAUAAAAGUUUUGCACGUGGACAAGGAUUAUUCUGUGACAAAUGUAACAACAUUAGACAUAACGUUUCCCCCUGCACACAUCUCUUCACCUCCAGAAGAGUCUGUCAAAGAUAUAUUUAUGUCAAAGAAUCUAUUUGUGAAUCCCAAAGGUGGCAAAUUAAAUUUACUUCUCAAGAUAGACUUGAUUAAUGGGUUAAAUCUAACUAAAGGAGCGCCACAGGGUUGGAAUGUUGAGCUACCUAAUUCAACAUGGUUUUGUGCUCCAUCAUCCGGUACUGAUGUAUUAAAUGUGGAUGCUUUACUAACUAUUCCUCCCACUGACUUGGGGACUACUUACGUUGAUUUUGUUUUUAAUAUAAUGGCUUGCAAAGAUACCAUGUGUAUACCAAAAAAAUUCGUAAUCCGUCAACCGAUUGAGUUUUCCCCAGUGAAUACCAUGGCAAGAAAAAUUGCAUUGUAUGUACUUGACCAAUCGAGUAUUCAACAACAGUAUUGAGGUGUGUGUCAUGUUUCACAUUUUUAUUGAAUUUGACAAUUUGUAACUUUUUUUUUGAAAAUAUGUUGACAUUAAUAAAAGCUAAUUUUGUGUUA